AUGGCGAGAGGGAUUGCUGCUGUGCCGGUGAUACUCAUUCUGGUCAUAGCGCUCUGCUUGGCCGUCCCAGGAGGAGCGGCGCGGUCGUUGCGGGUCGAUGGCGAUGCGUUGUCGUCGUCGCCGGGCAUGGAAACCGUCCCCGGAGAUGGUGUUUUGCAAUUACCCCGGCAAAUGUACCUGAAGCAGCUCCGGGCGGGGCCCUCGUGCGGCACCCACAGCUCGAACGGUGGCUGCCCACAUUCCCCAUGA